ACGUCCUGCCGCUUGGUUCAGUUUUCAUUAUUCUUGUAAAAAGGGAGCAGACUGAAUAAACACCCGUUUAACACUUUGAACUUGUUGUAGUCGAAUCAAAAUAAUAGUUUGUGAGCUUCUUAGAAGUCACUAAUGAGCUGUGACCUAAUUGAAAAUUGCCUUAUUGAGCAGGCUGAUAAUUUAACAUUUAGAAGAAAAGAAAAGGUGCGUUUCUUAUGAUUAUUUUCUCCUUUGCCGCCAAUGUGAACUGCAUUUAUAAAUCUAACUAAUAAGAAAUAAUUACAGUGUGCCUUCUAAUUUUUUUUUUGUCACUCUAUCUCCAACUGUUGUCACUUUGUUCUUGUGUGGUAUUUUUGUUGUCUGUUGUCUUUGGCCUAUUUAAUGUCUGUUUGCUGCGUGCUAUCUGUGUCCUAUUUAAUUUAUUUUCUUGCUACUGUCCCCCCCCCCUUCAUUUAUUUGUGUGUCAUUUUUAUAUUUCCCCAACGGGGAUCAAUAAAGUAUUAGCUUAUCUUAAUUACUUACAGUCUAUUCUUAAUUCCACUCCCACAUAAACUUGUUAACUAACUUCAAAUGUGUUCAGCAUGACAAAGGAACAGGCCAGGACUUGUGACUUGCCUGUCAGUUAGCAGUCAAACAUUCGUUGGUGUCUGGACUAUCUGGGUGGAUGGUGACGGAAGAGGCAUAAGCGAUUACACCAACAGGAAAGAAACGUGGUGAACGCACCAUGGAAAUGACAGAAAUGGUGGGAAAGACAGAAACGAACUCAUCCUUCCUGGACUCAGAGUUCCGUUAUGUGCUCUUCCCUGUUGUCUAUGGCAUCAUCUUCAUCGUGGGCAUCUUCGCUAACAUCUACGUACUCUUUGUCCUGCGCUGCCUCCGUGAGUCCAGGGGAAUGGGAGAAAUCCGCAUCUACAUGACCAACUUGACUGUCGCAGAUCUCCUUUUUGUGUCUGCCCUUCCCUUUUGGAUCGGAUAUUACAGCCAUGGAGGUAACUGGAUCUAUGGAGAGUUCAUGUGCCGCCUCACCGGCUCGUUCUUUUUCAUCAACACCUACAGCACCAUCCUCUUCCUCGGGGCCAUUAGCGUCAACCGAUACUGGGCUGUCAUUCGGCCUCUGGACGUGGCCUCUUCCAACCACAGGUGUCGGGGGAUCACUGUGUGUGUUAUCAUCUGGGUGUUCACUUUGUCAAUUUCCAUUCCAUACCUGACGAGUACAGGAACGCAUCUUGAACCAUCGUCAAACAAAACUCGUUGUUUUGAGGAUUACCAGAAUGAAACUACUAAUGAGAAGCAAAAAGUGGCGAUCACUCAUUUUUUAAUAAUUGGAAUGUUCUUUAUUGUGUUUUUCUUAGUCGUGGUGUGCAAUUUGCUUAUUGCUCGAGCUUUACUUUCUCAAAAACCUCCCAGGGCUCAACUGCCAUCCGCAAGCACCGUGUCCCGCUCAGAUAAAAAGCCCAGAGGCGUGAAACGCAGAGCUCUGCAUUUGUUGCUGGCGGUGGUGGGCGUUUUCAUCGUGUGUUUCCUGCCCCAUCACAUAUUACAAGGAUUUUGGACGCUGGCAGUGCUGCAGAUCAAGGACGGCUGGGGCAGCGUGGACUGGAGCCAGAAAACUUGUCAGAUGCUCAACGAUGCACAUCAAAUCACCUUGGUUCUGAUGGGCUUCAACUGCAUUUUGGAUCCUGUGGUUUAUUACUUCGCCACAGGGAAGUUUAGAAAGUUCAUCAUGGCCCACAUUAAAAGGAUAGCAAAGGGAGAAGGAUGCUCGCAGUCAAUCCCUACACAGCUCUCCAUGGAUAGCAGGCAUCAGAGCCAGAAACUGCAGAGCGAGUACUGAUAGACAAAACUUACUUAAGGAAUUGUAAUAUAAUGUAAUAUAGAAGAUUAGCGGCAUGCAUUUUGUGGCAACCUCUCUGUUGCUUUAGUGCGAUUAGUGCUCGCCCUACUUUUUAAAGACUAUUUAAUGUGAUUUCAAACAUGAUAAUGAGGUGUUGCUCGCAGAGCAUUGCUCAGGCCACGCUAUCAACUCUUCCUCUGUGAAGUACAAACAGAAAAGCAGAAGUUUUGCAAGGGAAAAAAAAAAACUCUUCUCACAUACCUCACACACCACUCGAUACCUGCGAAUGUAUGAGAUCAACAUGAUGUGUAACAUUUUUUAGCUCUGUGCUGAACUGAAGCAGCGCUGCUUAAAUUCCCAUGUGGAAAUGUUGCAACUUUGCAUUUGCAAUAUAUUUUUGCGAGAUGUGGACUUUGUGACAAUGUAGUCUUUUUUUUCUUUUGCUUUUUUUGUACUAUAAACAUUUAUGUUGAAAAGAGUCCUGUUUGUUUGUUUCAUAUUUAUUGUGACGACUCAAAUAAAUUUUAAAUCUGCUAUACUGUCAAGGAGAAUGACAGCA